CUUUAAAUAUUUUGUUAAAUUGUCUUUCAAAAUGAUUCCGCAACGAUUUAUACAAAAAUAUAAAUGUGAAUGCUUUCAACCAUACAAUUAUUGCAAUUGUCCCUACAAGGCCAUUGCGGCGAAAGUUUUGGUGGAAAAUAUCCAAGAUGUUGCCGAAACAUUGAAAGAGAUUAUGACCUUGUGCCACAUUCCAAAUCACAAGGCCAAAUUAUCCAUAGACAUCAUCACUUACUAUUUUCUCCAUUUCGAAGAAGUUCUCGAACGCAUCGAUGCCAUACCGCGAAAACGUUUGUCCAAAGAAGACCUGUUCCAUGAUCUGCAACGUAAAUGUGGUAUGGAUCGCAUGGAAUCACAAAUUGCAUAUUCCAUAAUUAAGAGAGCAUUUCGUGCUUUCUAUCACGGCUCUGGUGAGGGUGGUGUUCCCAACCCUUGGUUAUCCAAACAAUUGAAGCAUACAUGCGAAUGUAUGUGGGCUCAUGCAGCCAAGAGGACUGCCCAAGUUAAUGCCGCAUAUCAGGGUAUGUUUGCCAUAUCACAAAAAGCUUUGGAGGGGAAAAUCAAAAAUCUCUAUAAGGGAUUGUAUGACAGAAUGCAGGCCAAACCACAACCAGAUGAAACUCAAGAAUGCACCUGUACUACGUGUGCCGCCAGGAUAAUGAGAGAAAGUUUGAAACCCGUCAGAGUCACAACACAAAUGCACACCAUUAGUGAUCCUUAUGAGGAAAUGUAUAGGCGGGUGGUGGAUAAAAUCCUUUACGAUCACGAAAACAAUGAAGAACAUGAGGAUGUGCAGUUUGAUGCAAAGCCUAAGUGCACUUGCCCCUCUUCAUUGCAAAUGGAUAAUAAUCAUCGUUAUUAUCAGGAAGCAGCCAAAUUAUGCAAUACAGGUUAUGGACAGGGACCGUUUGAUUGUCGAUGGUUUAGCAUUACCAAAGAAGAAUAUGACGAGGAUGAUAAAGAGCCAACAGUGAAAUUGCCGGAAGAAUUCCCUUGCCCGCCUUGGCCAGAAGAGGGGGCAUAUUCGUCAUGCGAAUCGGACUGCGAUUGUAAUUGUGAAGUUUGUACAUGCCAAACGGAGGGGGAUUUUGAAUGUGAAGAGGGUGUUGGGGCUGAGGAUGAAGAUGAAGAUAAUGGAAUCAGCAAAGAAGAUUCAUUAUAUUCGAAAAUUGAAGAUGAAAUUUCAAGUGAAGGAAGUGACUUAAAGAGCGACUUGGAAGUCACGAGCAAUGAUGUUUAUAGUCUACAAUGUAUGGUCAAAAAGCCUGUGAAAUUACAAAAUAAUAUACGUCAGAUUUAUUAAACAAAUGGA